AUGCCAGGCCCAACACCUACCCCAGGAAAUGUAUCAGGCUCUGAGAAUGGUGAGGCAACAGAAAGUCCAGCUAGAUCUGAUACGCCAGGUUCAACACCUACCCCAGGACAUGUAUCAGGCUCUGAGAAUGACGAGACAACAGAAAGUCCAGCUAGAUCUGAUAGUCCAGGCCUAACAUCUACCCCAGGAAUUGUAUCAGACUCUGAGAAUGGUGAGGCAACAGAAAGUCCAGCUAGAUCUGAUACGCCAGGCUCAACACCUACCCCAGGAAAUGUAUCAGGCUUUGAGAAUGAUGAGACAACAGAACGUCUUGCUAGAUCUAAUAAUCCUGGCCCAACACCUACCCCAGGAAAUUCAGUUGUCAUUGCUGUGGUAAAUACGAAGGGCUUUAAUCGAGCUCUCUCACCUCUUCCUGUCAGACAACAGAAAAGGAACCGGAAACCAACCUAUGCUGAUGAACAUCGGAAGUUAAAGUUGGCAGAGGACCAGUCUGAUCUUCAAACAGAUCCUGAGGAGGCACUGGUGAUGGGCAGACUAAUUCGAAAACGCAAGAAGAAACAGUUAUCUAGUAGCAGUAGCGAGGAUGACGAUGAUGAGACAUACAAACCCAAUCCGACCAAGAAAGUUAAAGGUGUCGAAAGAGAGAUGCUUAAAGCCAUCUCAGGCAUCCAGGUGUCUUUGGAUGGUAUAACAAAGGAAUUAAAAUGGCAACGGAAACAAAUGAACACCAUAAUGAAUAAAUUGGAGGGACAUCCCAGCAUGUAGAAACAGAACAUGUAUUGGAAGGGCUUAAUCUACCGCUUGUUUCUGUGCAGGAAGUUGAAGCAACGCUGUCUGAAAAGAAUGUCCGGACUGCCCUGGUGUGUAAACACCUGCAAUAAUCACACAAUUACAUAACACAUUUAUACAAUGCAAUACAUACAAUUUGUGGUCGAAGUGCUUUAUGGACAGCUUAUGUUUAAAUUAAACAUGCAUAAUAGUGUGGUAUUGAAACAAUACAUUUGGUAAAAUCAUGUGCAUAGAUAUAGUAUAAAAGAAAUUCAUAACUUUGUAGCCUGCAGACCCUUUGACUACCCAGGUAUGAAAAUCAUGUGUACUAAAAAUUACCUUCGAAAUGUAUGCAAUUUAAUCCAACCUCCUAUCUUGUAGGAUUUUCUCCCAAAAUUUCUGAAAGAAAUGUUAAGUACUAGGUUAAUAAAAUAUGGUAUUACAGUGUUUAUAAUUUAUUUUGCUAGUAAAAUGCACACCUUUGUCAAAAAUAAUCUGUGAUUGGGCCGGUACUGGUUGAGGAUAUUGGACCGGUACUGGUUACAAAUAUUGGCCUUGUACUGGUUGAGGAUAUUGGACCGGUACUGGUUACAAAUAUUGGCCUUGUACUGGUUGAUGAUAUUGGCCCAAUGUUACUGCAUAUAUUGGGCCAAUAAUGCAUUUGUGUACUGUGCCAAUACCGGGCCAAUACUGGAAAAUUGUAAUGGACCAAUACCCCGCCGAUGAGCAAGAAUUUAAUGGGCCAGUACUGGUUGACGAUAUUGGCCCAACGGAACUGGAUUUAUUGGGCCAGUAUUGGGCCAAUACUGCAAUGUUAAUUGGGAAUUUAGUAUAAACUGUCUGACCGGCCGUAUCUUAUCAAUACAGAAAGACACAAUUAUUCUAAUAGGCCUUUAGGCCUUUAGGCCUAAUAGUUGUAGGUUGAAGAAGAAGAAAAAAACCCAAAACAUUUAAGGAAAUAUUAAUUACAUAAUUUUGCUAACAAGUAGUGUAGUGGUAGUCUCAAGAAUAAUAGUAUUUCCUGGAUACAGUCUUGAGUGUCAUUGGUGUUACUUGUUUUGUCAUUGGUGUCAUUUCUCAAGAAACUUUAUUUUUGAAAUUUAAAUUGUUUAUUUAGGAAAGAAAGAAAAAAAUGUU